GGUGGGACGUGGGCGCGGGGAGACAGGUGGUGGCUACGACGGUGAAGGGAGCUGAGACUGUCCAGGCAGCCAACUUAGGCCAGGAGGACCAUGUGAAUGGGACCAGAGGGCUCCCGGGCUGGGCAGCCUGAGGGCUCAGAGGGAGCAACGGUUUGGAGCUGGGACCCCCUAUUUCAGCUUUUCUGUGGUUGGUGAAUGGAGAUCCCAGGAUCUCACAAUCUCAGCCCCCUCUCCAUUCCCUCAGGGACCAUGGGCUGUGGCUGCAGCUCACACCCGGAAGAUGACUGGAUGGAAAACAUCGAUGUGUGUGAGAACUGCCAUUAUCCCAUAGUCCCACUGGAUGGCAAGGGCACGCUGCUCAUCCGAAAUGGCUCUGAGGUGCGGGACCCACUGGUCACCUAUGAUGGCUCCAAUCCGCCGGCCUCCCCACUGCAAGACAACCUGGUUAUCGCCCUGCACAGCUAUGAGCCCUCUCACGACGGAGACCUGGGCUUUGAGAAGGGGGAACAGCUCCGCAUCCUGGAGCAGAGCGGCGAGUGGUGGAAGGCGCAGUCCCUGACCACGGGCCAGGAAGGCUUCAUCCCAUUCAAUUUUGUGGCCAAGGCGAACAGCCUGGAGCCCGAACCCUGGUUCUUCAAGAACCUGAGCCGCAAGGACGCGGAGCGGCAGCUCCUGGCGCCCGGGAACACUCACGGCUCCUUCCUCAUCCGGGAGAGCGAGAGCACCGCGGGAUCGUUUUCACUGUCGGUUCGGGACUUCGACCAGAACCAGGGAGAGGUGGUGAAACAUUACAAGAUCCGUAAUCUGGACAACGGUGGCUUCUACAUCUCCCCCCGAAUCACUUUUCCCGGCCUGCAUGAACUGGUCCGCCAUUACACCAAUGCUUCAGAUGGGCUGUGCACACGGCUGAGCCGCCCCUGCCAGACCCAGAAGCCCCAGAAGCCGUGGUGGGAGGACGAGUGGGAGGUUCCCAGGGAGACGCUGAAGUUGGUGGAGCGGCUGGGGGCUGGACAGUUCGGGGAGGUGUGGAUGGGGUACUACAACGGGCACACGAAGGUGGCAGUGAAGAGCUUGAAGCAGGGUAGCAUGUCCCCGGACGCCUUCCUGGCCGAGGCCAACCUUAUGAAGCAGCUGCAACACCAGCGGCUGGUUCGGCUCUACGCUGUGGUCACCCAGGAGCCCAUCUACAUCAUCACUGAAUACAUGGAGAAUGGGAGUCUAGUGGAUUUUCUCAAGACCCCUUCAGGCAUCAAGUUGACCAUCAACAAACUCCUGGACAUGGCAGCCCAAAUUGCAGAAGGCAUGGCAUUCAUUGAAGAGCGGAAUUAUAUUCAUCGUGACCUUCGGGCUGCCAACAUUCUGGUGUCUGACACCCUGAGCUGCAAGAUUGCAGACUUUGGCCUUGCACGCCUCAUUGAAGACAACGAGUACACAGCCAGGGAGGGAGCCAAGUUUCCCAUUAAGUGGACAGCGCCAGAAGCCAUUAACUAUGGGACAUUCACCAUCAAGUCGGAUGUGUGGUCUUUUGGGAUCCUGCUGACGGAAAUUGUCACCCAUGGCCGCAUCCCUUACCCAGGGAUGACCAACCCGGAGGUGAUUCAGAACCUGGAGCGAGGCUACCGCAUGCCGUGCCCUGAAAACUGUCCAGAGGAGCUGUACCAACUUAUGAGGUUGUGCUGGAAGGAGCGCCCGGAGGACCGGCCCACCUUUGACUACCUGCGCAGUGUGCUGGAGGACUUCUUCACGGCCACAGAGGGCCAGUACCAGCCUCAGCCUUGAGAGGCCUUGAGAGGCCCUGGAGUCCUCCCCCUUUCUCUCCAGCAUGACUUGGGGAGAUGGAGUUCUUGUGCCAUAGUCACACGGCCUAUGCACAUAUGGACUCUGCACAUGAAUCUCGCCCACAUGUGACACAUAUGCACCUUGUGUCUGUACACGUGUCCUGUAGUUGCGUGGACUCUGCACAUGUGUCUUGUACACGUGUAGCCUGUGCGUGUAUGUCUUGGACGCUGUACAAGGUACCCCUUUGGCUCUCCCAUUUCCUGAGACCACAGAGAGAGGGAAGAAGCCUGGGAUAGACAGAAGCUUCUGCCCACCUACUUUUCUUUCCUCAGAUUAUCCAGAAGUUCUUCGAGGGCCAGGACCUUAUCUAAUACCUCUGUGUGCUCCUCCUUGGUGCCUGGCCUGGCACACAUCAGGAGCUCAAUAAAUGUCUGUUGAUGACUGUUGUA